AUUCUGAUCACAUUCAUGAGAUAGAAACAAGAUCACAUUCUGCAAGCCAACCAAAUAAAUCCUCUGAAAAGUUUUUUCCUCUUGUAAUAACUUAUCACACAAAACUCUAUAAAUCUGCCAUUAAAUUUCGAUUAACCAUUUUUAAAAGUCUGUAGAUCAAUUCUUUUCGUACGUUGGGAUGGGGAAAAUGAGGUGGCAAUGCAUUGGUUUGUUGAUCAAUGACGAGACAUUGCCAAACAAGUCACCCAAAUCCACAAAACCUAACCCACUCUUUGCUUACAGGUUUGGGCAAUUCUAACCAAAAAAAAAACAGCAACAUGGAGUAUGUAGAAGCAUUCCUCAGUGAUUUCUCCGUCGAUGACCUUCUUGACUUGUCUAACACGGACGCUUUCGUACGAGAGAAGUCGUCUUCUUCACCAAGAGAAGAAGAACGUGAGAAAGCUAACAGCUCUUCCGACCAAAUCACCCUUCUUUCACCUCUCGAUGAUAUCUUAUCUCUUCCCGGCUCUGGCCCUAAGCUCAACGUUCCAGUUGGUGAUUUGGAAGACCUAGAGUGGCUAUCAAAUUUCGUGGAUGAUUCUUUUUCAGAUUAUCAUGACUUUCCAGUGAAUCCAGUUGCGUCGGUGGAGGUUCAAAGGCAGCACGUUCCGGUUAAACCCCGAAGCAAACGACGUCGUACUAAUGGCCAUCUAUGGUCUCUGGAGUCACCGUACUCCUCCUUGUACACCGCUGUCUCCACCGAGAAGAAGAAGAGAGGGAGACCGAAGGCAGAGACGUCGUCCGGGGACGGUGUCCAGCAGCAGACGAGGCGGUGCUGCAGCCAUUGUGGGGUCCAGAAAACGCCUCAAUGGAGGAUGGGUCCGUUAGGUGCGAAGACGCUGUGUAAUGCGUGUGGGGUCCGGUUUAAGUCGGGUCGGCUUUUACCCGAGUAUAGACCCGCUUGUAGCCCGACGUUUUCGACUGAGAUUCACUCUAACUCACACAGGAAAGUGUUGGAGCUGCGACUGACGAAAACGGCGGAUCAGGGUCAGGGUUGACCCGUUGUAACCGAGGUUUUUAAUUUAGUCUCAUGUCAACGAAUCAUAUGCAUGAUGUAAUGUUAUUAGAUAGACUACACCAGUAAGUUAUGAUAAUAUAAUCAGAGAGAUCGUAGGUUGUUCCA